CUUUGCAGAAAAUGGCCAGUAAUUGCCAUCUCAUUAAAAUUAUUACCUAAUUCCCACAUGGUAGCAUUGUGGAAUGUUAUUGUAUGCAUGAAAACAACACUCUUUAUUUUUGGUUAUGGUUUAAAUUAAUAGGUUUGAUGCAUAAUAUGAAUAACAUAUUUUUAUCUGCUAAAAGUCAUAUUGUAUUCAUUACAAAUUAUUAAAUGAAACAAAAUCAAUGGGAGUGAAGAUGGUGAAUUUCUAAGUGAUAUUAAUAACAAAGUCAUAUGGCACUAUACAAAUUGCAUGGUGUUGUCAUAGACUCAAAAGGGCUACAAGUUUUAUGACUUAGCUGAUACUGUUUAACAUAAACUAAGAGGUUCUGUAGCUUUUGGUAUGCAUUAGCUGUGGUACAAAUGUCUUCAUUUUAUGCCAUAUAAACAUUAUAUUAAUAUUUGAUCCAAGACAUUUUUUGUCUAAUGUAAAAACUCCAAAUGGUAUCUGUCAUAGAAUUCUUUAUUGGCCAAGUGUGGUUGGACACAUAAGGAAUUUGUUUCCGGUGCAUAAGCUCUCACUGUACAUACAAGUAAUAGUGAUAAUCAUGAUCAUAUACAACAUGAAAAUACAUUUGUCAUAAAUCAUGAAAUUCAGCACUUCAUCAUAAAUCAUGAUGCAGCACUUAGUAUAGUCAUAGAGCUAAGCAAACAACAUAAAUCAUACUAGGGUACAAAAAACAAUAUAAAUUGUAGGAUACAAGCAACAAAAUUAUAGUCAUAUAGUCAGAUAAGGAGAGGUAAUAGGAAAGAUGAGGAGUAUCAUAGUAGUACAGCUUUACUAAGUAUUUUGACAGUGUUGUAGGAAUUAGUUGUUAAGCAGAAUUGUUAAAUGGUACCUGUCAUGUUUAAAUUGCAAUCUGAUUCAAGGCUAGUGUAUUUUUUUAGAGGAAUGGGAAAAAGUUAAGUGUUGUGUUACAGUAUGAUCUUCUAAUCUACUUAUGUUGUUCUUUAAGCAUUACUGCCUGUGAUAUUUAUGUUUUCUGUAAAUUGUGUUUUCAUACAAUUUGGAAUCACUUAACAACAGAGUCCCUAUAAAUUAAGAGCAGACCAAAAUCAUCCUUUGCCUGCCCAGAGUCUUCUAUUGUAUUUUAUAGUUUUCUAUGGAACGUCCUUUUAAGGUGCACUCUGUAGUUAGAACAACUCUACAGUAUAUUUUUAUUGAUUUUGCCACUGAAUAUUUAAAUGACUGCUGAAACCCAAAAAGGGAUUUUGUUACAUUUUCUUUUUACUUUUUUUUUAGAAAUAAAGUUUGAUUCUAUUUAUACCUUGAGGGAUUCAUUUGUCUUCUAAAGGAAUAGGCUAAUUUCCUUUGCCAUAUGUUUCAGUGACUAAGGCUAGGAGGCAGUGCUAUAGAAUUUAUUUCUCCUUUUUUUCAUUUUGACUUCAUUUUUGUAUAGGUGCUAUAUGAUUUCUGGGGGGAGGAUGACAGGUAAAAGCACCUGUCCGCCCACCCAGAAAUAGAUAGUGGAGGUAAGAACUACCAAACCACUUCAUUAAGCCAGGAGGCAGAAAUAGAGCAUGCAGAACCCAAGGACUCCUGCAAGGGGAGCUUUGACAUUUUUACCCUAUGGGUUCAACCCAAUUCUGCCACUACAAUUGUGAAUAAUGCUAUGAUUCUAAUACAGCGGUUCCAUAAUGCCUAUUCAACAUGGGCAUUUGUGAGUUAACGCCACAAAGAUUCUGAACCUUUAAAAUCCUUGUCUAUAAAGGCUAAAGGAAGAACUUUCUAUCCCUUAAUACUUUGUACCUAAAUGCAUUAAAUCUGCUUACUGAGUAGGUUCAUUGCAGUUGGUAGGUGGGGCAGAUAUGAUAUCUGAUAGACCUAAAGUCUUACUUAUCUAGUUUGUUAUUUUAAAAAUGUUGAAAUGUUGUGUAUGGAUGACCUUGUAAAGACUGAAUUUCAGAAUAUCCAUGCUGGUCCAUAACAGUUUCCUCCACAUUGGUAUUCUGACAGGAGCACAUUAUCUAGCAUACUGUUUAACCUAUGGAUCAGAUUUUAGAUAAAGAAAAAACAAAUCAACACUCAAUUUCUGGCUGAUAGUGUUACUAUAUUUCUAGAAAUAACUGGGAUAUAGUUUAACAUUUUAAAAUUUGGCUAGUAUGUAAUGUUUGUCAUUGAAUUAUAUUUAAAAACAUUAGCUUCUUCAGAAGAAUGGCAGUAAUUUUUAAAGAUCAUAGACAGCAAUUGAAGUGAAAUCAUAGAACAAACUUUUCUCCUUCCCAAAUUGUGUCACCAGCUCAUUUUGUAAGCAAAGCAAUGAUCACUCAUUUUGCUUUUAGCACUUGCAUUAAAGAGUUUACAAAGACAGAGUAAGGUUUGAGAGACUAUCCAGUCAAUCAUUCACAUACAUUUAAUCAGCAGCAAGAAAGGUCCUUGUACAAAAGCAAUAUUUCUGCUGUCUUAUGAGAUAUGUAACAGAAUAAAUGAUUGCUGGUUGAUGGAGCAGAACCAAACUAAACAAAGUAGUUCUGUCAAUAUCCGGAAGCACUUAUUACCAAAUAGAAUUCCUACCACCAUGCAAUAAGAUAUAAAACUAAAACAACUGUUUAAAAUUAUACACUUCAUGGAAUAAUAGUUCUGUUAUAAAUGUUUCUGCUUUUCAUUUUACAAUCGUAUCUAAGUUUCUUUUGCCUUUUUUAUAUCUUUAUUAACUUGAGAUUGCUCGAAGGAUGCAAAGUUCUAAAGGUCUUCUGAAGAAUUAGCUAUACUUUGUGAUGCUAGAUUCAGUUCUUCAAAUUCCAGCAUUCAUUUCUGUUCAUAGGAAACAAUUUCAGAAUUCCUGGACCAUUUCAGAAUUACCUGCUUUGAGUAAUUCUAAUCUUCAUCAGUAGUGGAACUAUUCAUUCUGCAGAAGAAAAAAAAAAUCAAUGUAUAUAAGAAUUUAGUUGCCAAAAGGCGUAGCUGCCAUCAGUGAGUUCAUUGUUAGUUUCUAUGGAGACAGCAGCCAAUGCUGAAUGGCUGUUAGAUCUUACAGAAAGAUGCGUGUCUCUGUAUAAGUUCAGUACGGAGCAAGUAAGCUUUGUCAUUCAGCUUCACCCUUUAGCCGCAAGUAGUGGGUGACCAUGCAAGGAUCACCCAGGAGGCGCUUAGCAGUGAAUAUUUUUAGCAAGUUUUUUCAGGGCCGGAGACAUUCUUCUUCUGAUCCUUUUCUCCGAGUGCUUCAGCGGCGACGGAGCUCAGUUGUAGAGGUCCUCUCGACUUCUACCCACAGGGUUAUGGUGGCCAUUUCCUCUGUAAGCCCCGAAGAACUAAAUGCUGCUUUCCAUGAAAGAAAAAGAAGAUCUAGACGUCCAACUGCAAAAUAUACGAAAGUUGGAGAACGCCUUCGUCAUGUUAUUCCCAGUCAUAUGCAGUGUUCCAUGGCAUGUGGUGGCCGUGCUUGCAAAUAUGAAAAUCCAGCUCGGUGGAGUGAACAAGAACAGGCUAUUAAAGGAUUAUAUUCCUCCUGGAUAACAGAUAACAUACUGGCUAUGUCUCGACCCUCCACAGAUCUUAUUGGGAAAUAUAAUAUUAUUGAACAGUUCCAAAGAUGUGACAUAAAAACAGUAAUUAACCUUCAGCGUCCCGGGGAACAUGCUAGCUGUGGGAAUCCACUGGAACAAGAGAGUGGUUUCACCUAUCUUCCUGAAGCCUUCAUGGAGGCGGGAAUUUAUUUUUAUAACUUUGGAUGGAAGGACUAUGGUGUAGCUUCUCUCACUACUAUCCUCGAUAUGGUCAAAGUGAUGACCUUUGCCUUACAGGAAGGGCGAGUAGCUAUUCAUUGUCAUGCGGGACUUGGCAGAACAGGUGUCUUAAUAGCUUCUUACUUGGUUUUUGCAACACGAAUGACUGCAGACCAAGCAAUCCUUUUUGUAAGAGCAAAAAGGCCUAAUUCUAUUCAGACUAGAGGACAGUUGUUGUGCGUAAGGGAGUUUUCACAGUUCUUAAUUCCACUCAGAAAUGUUUUUGCAACCUGUGAGCCUAAAGCACAUGCAGUAACUCUUUCCCAGUACUUGAUCAGGCAGCGGCACUUGCUGCAUGGAUACGAAAGCAGACAUCUCAAGCAUGUGCCAAAACUUAUUCAUCUUGUUUGCAAAUUGCUCUUAGAUUUGGUUGAAAACCGGCAGGUGAUAGAGGAAGCAUUAAUAGAUAUGCCAGACCUGUCAGCUGAAAUUGAGGAGACAGUUUCUCAAUUAGCUUCUACGGAGCUUGAUAAGGAGUUAACAAGACAAGACAGUAGUACUUCAGAGCCAUUCUCUCUCUCAGGAUCAAAUCCUUUUCAUCCCAGGGAACAUGAAUUUGGUCCUCUUUGCAAAACAAGGGCCACCGAUUACUUUUUGUCUCUUAGCCGUUCCAAAAGGCGCCUUAGCUAUAGUGAAUCAGAUUUAAGAAAAGCUGCAUUUAUCGCUGAGCAAGGAGAAACACUAUGGUCCAUGCCUUUACAAGUGCCACCCUGUAACAAAUCUAACCCGCCAAGCAAGGUGGACCACUGUGAGCCUCUUCACGUUGAGCUAAACCAAGAAGUCUUAAUUCGUAAUACAUUUACUUUCUCAGCUCAGGGAAAAUUUAAUCCAGGAAAAAAUGAAGACGAUUCUUCUGCCUGCCAUAGAGCUAGACGUACAAAAAGAAUACUGCGUAGUAAAACCUUUUCUUCAGGCCUUGCAUAUCAUGGGAAAGAAAAAAAGGAGGAGGAGGAGGAGGAAGAAGAAGAUGAGGAGUUAAAAGCAUUGAACUAUAGUUUUGUGAAAAAGGAUAUUUAUGGUAGAAAAAUAUCAUCUGAAGAUUCAGACUCUUCUAAAGCAGAAAAUGAGAUCUAUGAUAUCAGAGAACUUUCGGAAACAAUCCCCCAUAUCAUUGUGCAAUCAGAAUUAACUCAAGAAGCACGAAGAAUUUUGGCAGCCAAAGCUCUGGCAGGUCUAAAUGAAUUUAUGGAAGCAGAAGAAAUGAAGUCUAAAGUAGAAAUGUGGCAGAAAGAGCUGAAUAAUCAGAAUGGGGCCUGGGAUAAAAUAUGUACUGAGAGAGAUCCUUUUAUUCUCAGUAAUUUGAUGUGGUCCUGGAUAGAGCAACUUAAAGAACCUCUUCUAACCAAAGCUGAUGUGGAUGUGUUAGCAAAAAAUAACACAGAUUUUCAAGAAGCAUUCAAACUACUAGAAAAGGGAAAAUAUCACACCAUACUGUGUAUCUUAAACUGCGUGGUGAAUUUGCAGACAAUACCAACAGAUGUGGAAGGGCUGCUUCUUAAUCGUGCCAUUAAAGCAUUCACAAAGCAGAUGAACUAUGAUUCUGAAGGUGCAUCAGAUGUUUACAGCAUUUUAAAGAAUGUUUUCAAACAGAUACUCGAACACCAAAGACAAUAUACCAGUGAAGAAACGGAACAGCUUUUAUAAUGUUUACAUUUCUAUGCUACAGUUCUUUGUAGUGCUGAGAAAUUACUUUUCUUUUGUAUCCCUUGUUUUGCAUUAAUUACAUUUCUGUUAAUAUUGUUUAUUCAAUAUCUGAAGGUGGUUUUCUUAUGUAUGCAUAUGCAUUGUUAUGUAAUAACUUGCCAUUUUUGUGAUUGUAAUGUGGCAUUUUGGGUUUGAAUAUUACAUUAAAAUGCUAUACAGUUUUCAGUGAUAAGUUUAUUAGUUGGAUCAAGGAGAAAAAUCCCUUUGUUCCAUAGUGGAUAAGGUGAUCCUCAUUGAUUCCUCCUCUCCCGUAUGUCACCAAGAAUCUGUGCAGGAGGGUUAGGGACAGAAGAAUAGAGGUCCCUAAUCAAUGGUGUUGGCAGCUGUUGUUAGAUGAGGAAUCAGCCUAGAUUGCUUUUCCCCAACAGGGAUGAUCUCAGCAGCACUCUGUUAGGCUCUGAUCCCAUUGGCUCAAUGAAAUCUACAUUUAACCUGCUAUUGAAUUGUUGCCAUAAUUCACUGCCAUAAUGUGCUAGUUUAUUCAGUUAAAUAUUUGCGUAUUAAAACUCUUAAACCUAAACGUUGUUUACAUUAGUGGUAUUAUGUUUUAUUUUGUGAUUAGUAAACAUUGACUGAUAUAAAUGACCGUUGUACAACUAUAUGACUUUUCCUUGGUAGCCAUAAAAGAAUUGAUUUUAAUGCCAAAAUAAAUUUGUAGCAAAAAAUCUAAACAUAACUUAAAAUAUGAAGGUAGACAACUGCCAGCUUAUAAAUGGUUAUGAGAAAGUUGAAACUUUAUAUUUUUAAAAAUAAAAUACUGCAAAAGUGA